AUGUUCAAACUGAAGUUUUUUAUUCUCUUCGUACUCGCUGUAGUAUGUUUCGGUUCUGAGAACGGUGAAGGUGAAGGUAAUUCAUCUGCACCAGCAAAAGUCCACCGUCCACUCGGUUCCGAUUUGCCAGGUUUUAUCGGUUCUUUGGAGGACAGGAAACAAUACGUGAUAAAACUCCUCGGUGGGUGUGGUGGACAGCACCAAGAAUACAAAAUAAACGAGAAACAAAUAUGGUUCCAUAACUGCACAUACAUUUGUAUGAAAAGAAAUAACGAGUUAACUUCUGAAGUUCGUCGAAUUCCAGACGACAUGAUUUGCAACAAAGACAAAAUGAAAUGCCCCAGUGAAGGAAACUGCCCUUUACCAUAUUGCUGA